CCCGGAAAUGGAGAAAUUGUCAAAGCAUACAUCAAGAGUAAAUCUGAUGCAAAAGCAAGCAUGUCUUAUAAGACAACAGCGUUAGGUUCUAAACCAGCAUCGAGAGCAGAUAGUUACAGUUCCAAAGGGCCUUCAAGUAGUUGUCCAUAUGUGUUGAAACCAGACAUCACUGUUCCUGGUACAUCAAUCUUAGCUGCAUGGCCGCCAAAUCUUCCAGUGGCACAAUUUGGGUCCCAAAACCUUUCUAGUAACUUCAAUUUUGCAAGUGGAACAUCCAUGGCAUGCCCUCAUGGGGCAGGUGUGGCGCACCCUGAUUGGAGCCCUGUAGCUAUUAGGUCAGCCAUUAUGACAACAUCGGAUGUAUUCGACAAUACUAAGGAACUCGUCAAGGACAUUGCUACCGAUUACAAACCAGCCUCUCCUUUAGCUUUGGGAGCUGGUCAUGUAAACCCCAACAAAGCCCUUGACCCUGGGCUUGUUUACGAUGUGGGAGUUCAAGAUUGUGUCAAUCUUCUCUGUGCAAUGAACUCCACUCAACAGAACAUCUCAAUCAUCACUAGAUAG